UAGGAUGAGACGCAAAGUGCUUCUCUUCCUCAUCCUUCCGUGUGUGGAUGGAUGAGGAGGGGCUUGAUGAUGAUGAGAGUGUGUGUGUUAUGUGUGUGAUACGUGAGAGUGUGUGUGUGUGUGUGUGUGUGUGUCGUGCCGGCGACGUCCAAAUGACAUCUCGCAUGCUUCCAAGGAGACGCUGAGAAGAGCAGGUGUGUAGGUGAGUGAGGCCGUUACCCCCUCCAAGAUGGUGGCUCUGUCGCUGAAGAUCUGUGUGCGUCAGUGCAAUGUGGUGAAGACCAUGCAGUUUGAGCCGUGCACGCCCGUGUACGACGCCUGCAGGAUCAUCAGAGAACGUGUCCCUGAGGCCCAGUCAGGACAAGCCUCAGAUUAUGGUCUCUUCCUCUCUGACGAAGAUCCCAGGAAAGGAAUCUGGUUGGAGUCCGGGAGAACCCUGGACUUCUACAUGCUGAGAAACGGAGAUGUUUUGGAGUACAAAAAGAAACAAAGGCCGCUGAAGAUCAAAAUGCUGGAUGGAGCGGUGAAGACCAUCAUGGUGGAUGACUCCAAAACUGUGGGGGAGCUGCUGGUCACCAUCUGCAGCAGGAUAGGAAUCACCAACUAUGAGGAGUACUCGCUCAUCCAGGAGGUGCCGGAGGACAAGAAGGAGGACAAUAUGACAACGCUGAAGAAAGACCGAACGCUGCUGCUCAGAGAUGAGAGGAAGAUGGAGAAGCUCAAAGCCAAGCUGCAUACAGAUGACGAUUUGAACUGGCUGGACCACAGCAGGACCUUCAGAGAGCAGGGAGUGGAGGAGAGUGAGAUGCUGCUGCUCAGACGCAAGUUCUUCUACUCGGACCAGAACGUGGACUCGCGGGACCCUGUUCAGCUCAACCUGCUUUAUGUCCAGGCCAGGGAUGACAUAUUGAAUGGAUCCCACCCUGUUUCCUUUGACAAAGCCUGUGAGUUUGCGGGGUUCCAGGCUCAGAUCCAGUUUGGACCCCACGUGGAACACAAACACAAGCCUGGAUUUCUGGACCUGAAGGACUUCCUGCCUAAAGAAUACAUCAAGCAAAGAGGAUCAGAAAAGAAAGUAUUCCAAGAUCAUAAAAACUGCGGCGAGAUGACCGAGAUCGAGGCCAAAGUGAAGUAUGUGAAACUGGCCAGAUCUCUGCAGACAUACGGGGUGUCCUUCUUCCUGGUGAAGGAAAAGAUGAAGGGUAAGAAUAAGUUGGUGCCGCGCCUGCUGGGGAUCACCAAGGAGUCGGUGAUGCGAGUGGACGAGAAGACUAAAGACGUGGUGCAGGAGUGGCCGCUGACUACUGUCAAAAGAUGGGCCGCCUCCCCCAAGAGCUUCACCCUGGACUUUGGCGAGUACCAGGAGAGUUACUACUCCGUCCAGACUACAGAGGGAGAACAAAUAUCUCAGCUCAUUGCCGGAUAUAUCGACAUUAUUCUGAAAAAGAAGCAGAGUAAAGAUCGCUUUGGCCUCGAGGGAGACGAGGAGUCCACCAUGUUGGAGGAAUCGGUUUCUCCGAAGAAGUCCACCAUUCUACAGCAGCAGUUUAACCGGGUGGGGCGGGUGGAGCAUGGCUCAGUCGCCCUUCCUGGGAUUAUUCGCUCAGGGUCUGUCGGUGGCCCUGACAACUUCAACGUGGGCACCAUGCCCUCUGCUCAGCAACAAAUCACCACUGGACAGAUGCACAGAGGACACAUGCCGCCACUGAGUUUGGCCCAGCAGGCCCUGAUGGGAACAAUCAACAGCAGUAUGAAGGCGGUGCAGCAGGCCCAGUCGGACCUGGGACAUGUGGAUAGUCUUCCUCCUCUUGGCCAUGACCUGGCAUCUCGGGUUUGGGUUCAGAACAAAGUGGAUGAAUCCAAACAUGAAAUUCACUCUCAGGUAGACGCCAUCACGGCUGGAACGGCGUCCGUGGUCAAUCUUACUGCAGGUGAGCCCACAGAGACGGACUACACGGCGGUGGGUUGCGCCAUCACCACCAUCUCGUCCAACCUGACGGAGAUGUCCAAGGGCGUCAAGCUCCUGGCAGCAUUAAUAGAGGACGAGGUGGGCAGUGGACACAAGCUGAUGGGGGCUGCCAGGAUGCUGGCGGGAGCUGUGUCCCAUCUACUCAGAUCUGUUGAGCCUGCCGCUUCUGAGUCCAGGCAGACGGUGCUGACUGCGGCAGGAAGUAUCGGACAAACCAGCGGGGACCUGCUCCGACACAUGGGGGAGGGCGAGACGGACGAGAAGUUCCAGGACACCCUGAUGAACUUGGCCAAAGCAGUGGCCAAUGCAGCUGCGAUGUUGGUUCUGAAGGCCAAGAACGUGGCCCAGGUGGCCGAGGACACCAUAUUGCAGAACCGCGUGAUAGCGGCCGCCACUCAGUGUGCUCUGUCCACCUCUCAGCUGGUCGCCUGCACCAAGGUGGUGAGCCCGACAAUCAGCUCGCCAGUGUGCCAGGAGCAGCUGGUGGAGGCUGGAAGGUUGGUGGAGCGCUCUGUGGAGACCUGCGUCAAAGCCUGCCGCUCAGCCAGCGACAAUGGCGAGCUGCUGAAGCAGGUCGGAGCGGCUGCCGGCGUGGUGAGCCAGGCCCUCAACGACCUCCUGCAGCACGUCCGCCAUUACGCCAGCUGCGGCGAACCCAUCGGGCGCUACGACCAGGCCACCGACACCAUCAUGAACGUCACGGAAAACAUCUUCACGUCGAUGGGCGACGCCGGUGAGAUGGUUCGUCAGGCCCGAGUCCUAGCACAAGCCACCUCGGACUUGGUGAACGCCAUGAGAUCCGACGCCGAGGCAGAGGUGGACGUGGACAACUCCAAAAAGCUGUUGGCUGCAGCAAAACUGCUGGCUGAUGCCACCGCUCGCAUGGUGGAAGCCGCCAAGGGGGCCGCUGCUUACCCGGAGAAUGAAGACCAGCAGCAGAGGCUUAGAGAGGCGGCGGAGGGUUUGCGUGUUGCCACUAAUGCUGCUGCUCAGAAUGCAAUCAAGAAAAAGCUGGUCAGCAGGCUGGAGAUAGCAGCUAAGCAGGCGGCCGCUGCAGCGACUCAAACCAUCGCCGCUGCUCAAAAUGCUGCAGCGUCAAACAAAAACACGAUGUCACACCAACAGCUUGUGCACAGCUGCAAGGCGGUAGCAGAUAGCAUCCCUCAGUUGGUGCAAGGGAUGAGGAGCAGCCAGAACCAACCUGAAGAGCUGGGGGCCCAGCUCGCCCUCAUCAUGGCCAGCCAGGGUUUUUUACAGCCCGGCAGUAAAAUGGUGGUGUCUGUCAAGUCAGCAGUUCCGACGGUGGCCGACCAGGCGGCAGCCAUGCAACUGGGCCAGUGUGCCAAGAACCUAGCGACCUGCUUGGCAGAGCUCAGGACGGCUGCCCAGAAGGCCCAUGAAGCGUGCGGCCCUCUGGAGAUCGACUCGGCCCUCAAGACGGUCCAGACACUAAAAUGCGAGCUGCAGGACGCCAAGAUGUCUGUCAUUGACAGCCAACUCAAGCCUCUCCCCGGGGAAACGUUGGAGAAGUGUGCUCAGGAUCUGGGGAGCACGUCCAAGGCCGUGGGCUCGUCCAUGGCCCAGCUGCUGACGUGUGCCGCGCAGGGCAAUGAACAUUACACAGGUGUGGCCGCUAGAGAGACGGCGCAGGCUUUAAGGACGUUGGCACAAGCAGCCCGGGGUGUGGCGGCCAGCACCAAGGAGCCUCAAGCCGCUGCUGCAAUGCUGGACUCAGCCCAGUGUGUCAUGGAGGGAUCCUCCAUGCUCAUUCACGAAGCCCACCAGGCCCUGGUGCAUCCGGGAGAUGCUGAGAGCCAGCAGAGACUUGCACAGGUGGCCAAAGCUGUGUCGCACUCGCUGAAUAAUUGUGUCAACUGCCUGCCGGGCCAGAAGGACGUUGACAUGGCUCUUAGGAGCAUCGGAGAAGCCAGCAAAAAGUUGUUGGUGGACAUUCUUCCCCCUUGCAGUAAAACAUUCCAGGAAGCCCAGACCGAGCUGAACCAUACAGCCGCUGAGCUCAACCACUCCGCGGGCGAGGUGGUCCACUCCUCGCGCAGAACCAGCAGCCAGCUGGCCUCCGCCUCCGGCAAGUUCAGCCAAGACUUUGACGAGUUCCUCGAUGCCGGUGUGGAGAUGGCGGGACACACCCAAAGCAGGGACGAUCAGAUUCAAGUCAUUGGCAACCUGAAGAACAUCUCCAUGGCGUCCAGUAAACUGCUGCUGGCUGCCAAGUCUUUGUCUGUGGAUCCAGGCGCCGCCAAUGCCAAGAAUCUUCUUGCAGUAGCAGCAAGGGCGGUCACAGAGAGCAUCAACCAGCUGAUCACACUGUGCACACAGCAGGCUGCAGGACAGAGGGAGUGUGACAACGCCUUGAGGGAGUUGGAGGCUGUCAGAGGGCUUCUGGAUAAUCCCAGCGAGCCCAUCAGCGAACUGUCCUACUUCGACUGUAUCGAGAGCGUCAUGGAAAAUUCAAAGGUCCUUGGAGAGUCCAUGGCAGGCAUCUCUCAGCAUUGCAAGACAUGCGACGUGGUGGCUUUCGCGGACUGUGUAGGUGUGGCGUCCAAAGCUCUCUGUGGACUGACAGAGGCCGCAGGACAGGCCUCGUAUCUUGUAGGUGUGUCGGAUCCCAAUAGUCAGUCAGGCCAUGAGGGACUGGUGGACCCCAUCCAGUUUGCACGGGCCCACCAAGCGAUACAGAUGGCUUGUCAGAGCUUAGUGGACCCAACUAGUAGUCCCUCGCAGGUAAGACACUCUAUCCGCACUCGGGACAAUACAGUGGACACAAUCAAACACUAUACUGUACAUCACGAUGGACUUCACCCAGGUGUGACUGUAAUGAAAUGCACAGCAUGGCCCUCCAACACGUCACCAGAAUGCCUGAUUGUGUGCAACUCUCCUUGCUUUGUCCUCUGCCGUGUCAGGUCUUGUCUGCCAGCCACCAUGUGGGCCAAGCACACGUCGGCCUUGUGCAACGCCUGCCGCCUCGCCUCCUCUAAGACCUCCAACCCCGUGGCCCGUAGACAGUUUGUCCAGUCGGCCAAAGAGGUGGCCAACACCCACCACACCGCCAACUUGGUCAAGACCAUCAAGGUCAACUCCCCAACUGAUCAAAACGCUUCAGAUGGGGAUUUUUCGGAAGAGAACAGAAACCGGUGCCGUGUUGCUACCGCCCCCCUCCUGGAGGCUGUGGAAAACUUGUCAACCUUUGCCAACAACCCGGAUUUUGCCAGCAUCCCAGCUCAGAUUAGCAACGAGGGUGCAGUAUCCCAGGAGCCAAUAGUCCGUUCAGCGCGCUCUAUGCUUGAUAGCUCCACUUACCUCCUAGAAACGGCCAGGUCGCUGGUCCUCAACCCCAAAGACCCGCCCACUUGGUCUAUACUCGCUGGUCACUCCAGAACAGUAUCCGACUCCAUCAAGAGCCUCAUCACUUCUAUCAGGGACAAGGCACCAGGACAGAAGGAGUGUGAUUACUCCAUAGAUAGCAUCAAUAAAUGUAUCCGGGACAUUGAGCAAGCUUCCCUGGCUGCGGUGGGACAGACGCUGCCCUGCAGAGAUGAUAUCUCUAUGGAAGCCCUGCAGGAACAGCUGACUUCAUCCGUGCAGGAGAUUGGCCAUCUGAUUGAUCCCGUCUCCACGGCCGCCCGGGGUGAAGCCGCCCAGCUGGGACACAAGGUGACUCAGCUGGCCGGCUACUUUGAGCCGCUUGUCGUGGCCUCGGUGGGUCUGGCCUCCAAGCUGCACGACCACCAACAGCAAAUGACCAUUCUGGAUCAGACCAAGACCCUGUCCGAGUCUGCCUUGCAGAUGCUUUACGCUGCCAAGGAAGGUGGCGGCAACCCAAAGGCAUCCCACACUCAUGACGCCAUCUCCGAAGCCGCACAGCUGAUGAAGGAGGCGGUGGACGACAUCAUGGUGACUUUGAACGAGGCAGCCAGCGAGGGGGGCAUGGUCGGGGGCAUGGUGGAGUCCAUCGCCGAGGCCAUGGGCCGGCUGGAUGAAGGAACACCUCCCGAACCAGACGGCUCCUUUGUGGACUACCAGACCACGAUGGUGAAGUUCUCCAAGGCCAUCGCCAUCGUGGCACAAGAGAUGAUGACCAAGUCAGUGACGAGUCCAGAAGAGCUUGGCGGCCUGGCCUCUCAGGUGACGGUGGACUAUGGGCAUCUGGCACACCAGGGCCGCCUCGCUGCAGCCACCGCAGAACCUGAAGAGGUGGCUUUCCAGAUCAAAACACGUGUACAGGAGCUGGGACACGGCUGUAUCUACCUGGUCCAGAAAGCUGGCGCCCUGCAGCUCAGCCCUACAGACAGCUUCUCUAAGAGGGAACUCAUUGAGUGUGCUCGCGCCGUCACAGAAAAGGUGUCCUUGGUGCUGUCGGCGCUGCAGGCGGGUAACAAAGGCACCCAGGCCUGCAUCACAGCAGCCAGCGCCGUGUCGGGCAUCAUCGCUGACCUGGACACCACCAUCAUGUUCGCCUCGGCGGGGACACUCAACCCCGAGAACGAGGAGUCCUUUGCUGACCACAGGGAGAGCAUUUUGAAAACCGCCAAGGCACUGGUGGAGGACACCAAGCUGCUGGUCGCUGGAGCCGCAUCCAGCCAGGAGAAGCUGGCUCAGGCUGCCCAGUCCUCAGCGAAGACCAUCACCCAACUCACGGAGGUGGUCAAACUGGGAGCCACAAGCAUGGGUUCAGAAGAACCUGAAACACAGGUGGUCCUGAUAAACGCAGUGCGCGACGUGGCCAAGGCCCUGGCAGAACUCAUCAGCGCCACCAAGUGUGCCGCCGGCAAACCCGCUGACGACCCGUCCAUGUAUCAGCUGAAAGGCGCUGCCAAGGUCAUGGUGACCAACGUGACGUCGCUUCUGAAAACAGUGAAGGCAGUGGAGGAUGAAGCCACUCGCGGGACGAGGGCGCUGGAGGCCACCAUUGAGUGCAUCAAGCAGGAACUGACAGUGUUCCUGUCCAAGGAGGUUCCAGACAAAUCGGCCACACCUGAGGAGUUCAUCCGUAUGACAAAGGGCAUCACCACGGCGACGGCCAAGGCGGUGGCAGCGGGGAACUCCGCUCAGCAGGAGCAUGUGAUCGCCACCGCCAACCUGAGCCGCAAAGCCAUCUCUGACAUGCUGACGGCAUGCAAGAAAGCAGCACACCACCCGGAAGUGAGCGAGGAAUUAAAGUGCAAGGCCCUCCUGUACGGCUCGGAAUGCACCACGGGAUACAUCAACCUCUUGGAACACGUUUUACAGGUGGUGCAGAAGCCCACUCCGGAGCAGAAGCAGCAGCUGGCUGCCCACUCGAGACAGGUGGCAGGGUGUGUGACGGAGCUCAUCCAGACAGCCGAGGCCAUGAAAGGAUCCGAGUGCGCGGACCCCGAGGACCCCACCGUCGUGGCAGAGAGCGAGCUCCUCGGAGCCGCCGCCUCCAUUGAAGCAGCGGCCAAGAAACUGGAGCAGCUGAAGCCCAGAGCCAAGCCCAAGCAGGCGGAUGAGACGCUUGAUUUCGAAGAGCAGAUCCUAGAAGCCGCCAAGUCCAUCGCCGCAGCAACCAGUGCGCUUGUCAAGUCGGCAUCGGCAGCUCAGCGAGAGCUGGUGGCACAGGGCAAGGUCGGCUCCAACAUAGCCAACGCAGUGGAUGAUGGCCAGUGGUCCCAGGGUCUCAUAUCCGCUGCUCGCAUGGUCGCCGCCGCCACCGGCAACCUGUGUGAGGCGGCCAACGCCUCGGUGCAGGGCCACGCCAGCGAGGAGAAGCUCAUCUGCUCGGCCAAGCAGGUCGCCGCCUCCACUGCUCAGCUCCUGGUGGCCUGCAAGGUGAAGGCGGACCAGGAUUCCGAAGCCAUGAAGAGACUACAGGCCGCCGGCAACGCGGUGAAGCGAGCCUCCGACAACCUGGUGAAGGCGGCUCAGAAGGCAGCCUUCGACAAGUCCGAGGACGACAGCGUGGUGGUCAAAACCAAAUUUGUUGGCGGCAUCGCUCAGAUCAUAGCGGCUCAAGAAGAGAUGCUGAGGAAGGAACGUGAGCUGGAGGAAGCCCGCAAGAAGCUGGCUCAGAUCCGACAGCAGCAGUAUAAGUUCCUGCCGAGCGAGCUGAGGGAGGACGAAGGCUGACCGACGGUCCAGACGGCCGCCCUUUUCCACGCCCGAGUCAGCGAGGACUCUACCGCACUUGAAACAGGCCACCUUUUGGUAGGACAAGCAAGUGCCUGUGCUUUGUCGCGUAUUUGUGUGCGAGUGUGUGAUUGUGCUCAUUUAUGAUACAACAAUGAAGUGAAGGAUGCAGAAGUUGUACAUUUAUAAUUGUUACUGAAUGUUUUUAUAGUCACCAAGCGAAUAAUACUGACGAUGGUGGCAGAGCGUGUCUAUUUGAAAAAGGACUAAAAGGAAGGCAGGGCGGGCGUUCUUCACCUUGGCUUGCAUGCUCCAUCCAAACUUUGCAUAUCAAUCAAGAUGCAGAAUGGCACCUGUUACAUAUGAUCAUACAAACAGAGAGAGGAAUUAUAUUCAGGCACAUAUUUAUUCUAGAUUGAGCUUUUAAAUGGCCAAUACAUUUCUCUUCAAGUGUGGGGAAAGUUGAGUUUUUGACGUGACCAAAUGAUCUACUUGUGUAAACGUUCACUUCAUCUCACAAACUUUUCUUUUCCAACCAACAUAUUUUGUUGGGUGCAUACAGUGGAAGCUCAAAGCUAACCUUUAGCCUCUAAAUAGUCUUGGAUUGAUCAGUGAUUCUCAAAGAAUCACUUACUCAAAUAUUCCAACACAGUGUUACCGUUCAAACUGUGUGUAAUGCUGCAUUGGCCAAAAUUGGAAAUAUACCGUAUUCUCCAUACCAUACAGUGCACUGGAUUAUAAGACGCACUGCUGAUGAAUGCUCUGUUUUCGAUCUUUUUUCAUAUACCGUAUUUCCUUGAAUUGCCGCCGGGUAUAUAGUAUGCGCCUGCCUAGAAUUACUGCCGGGUCAAACUCGUUUCGCAAAAUAAUUAGCUCAUGCUUAGCAUUACCGCCGGCUCAGGAUUAACGCCGGGUCAAACUCGUUUCGCAAAAUAUUAUUUUUAUUAGCGCAUGUCUUGAAUUUCCGUCGGGUCAAACUCGUUUCGCCAAAUAAUUAGCAUACGUCUAGAAUUUCCUCCGGGUCAAACUCGUCACGUCACGAGUGACAAUUCACCUGUCAUCAUUUUCAAAAUGGAGCAGGGUGAUUUCAAUAAUUUGAAAUCGUAUAAAGGGAAGAAGAUUAAGAGCUAUUAAGUAGGACUUAAGGUUCAAGCUAUUGAAUAUGCAAAAAAGAACAGUAAGCAGCUAUGUUUUAUUAAUAUACCGUAGCUGCGUGUGUCAAAUAUGAGUCAUUAAACGACUCCCGCCUCCUGGUGGUAGAGGGCGCUAGUGAUCCUUCUUGCGAUUACUCGGCUGCAGAAGAAGUGACAACAAGCAGCAAGAGUGAGCAGCGAUUGUUUAUUUUUUCCUCUCGCUUGCACUUUUAACAUGGAGGAUUACAUAUCUAAAAUAAAACAGUUUUCUAAACUGAACUUUCAAUCGAAGCAGAAGGUAAUAAAGGAAGAUUUCCAUCGAGACAGAGAGACUUUUAAAGCUGAAGAAAGAUAAGGAAGACUUCUAUAAACAAUUAUCGAUACUUUUGAUCAGAAGGAGCUGCGCAUGGACUUCAUUUAUAAGUAAAGGUAAGACCAUAAUAAAAAAAAUUUUUAUUAAAUGUGCUUUUCAUGAUGGUAUCCUUACAUUACACUCAAUUUUUAAGCGCAGGCCUAAAUUUACCGUAUGCCUUUGGUAAGCGCCGGCGUGAGAAGAGGUUUUAAAUUAAUUAGCGCCCUGGAGGCAAUUCAAGGAAAUACGAUAAAGUUAUCUUUCCAGGCAAUGGCGGGCUACAAAGAAUAAUGGUGCGGGCCUUGAGUUUGACACGUGUGCUUUAGAUGCUUAAAAAGAUCAUUAGAGGCUAUUAUUAUUGAGGUCAAAGACAUUGGUCCACAGAGUAAAAAAGAAAGCAAGUUGAGUAUUGAAUUGGGAAGGGACGUAUUAUUAGUGCCUUACUGGAGUGUGCAAGCAGCUGAAGACGAGUCCUGCUUGGAGCUUGAGCCUCUUUUGUGGUUGCCAAUCCCCAGCAAGGCCUGAGCGUUAGUGUGUUGUCAGCAAGAAGAGUCCAUGGCUGCUGGCCCACACAUGCCUACACCUGCCUAUAUCGCUCUCUCAUCAAAGGGCAUCCUUAGGAUCUUAGACUCCUUGAUGGAAUACUACAGUACUUGCAUUCCUUAAGCAUGUUUGUGUUUGGGAAAAAAAAAAGGCUGUUAUACUUCCCCUUUUUCUGUUGUCUAACUUGAAAUGUCCGUUUUUACCAAGCAGUACUCAGAGAUGCAGAACUGGGCAAAAGUAUUUGGUCAGCAUCACUCUUUGUUGUUUCCGUGACAUUUUUCAUAACAACAUUCUGAUGGUGAAUAAGACGUUUUUAUGUAGGAUUAGUUCAAGUUAAAGUUGAAAUUGGGUGAAAUAAUCACUGGAUCUAUUACAUUGGCCAGAAGGCAACCUGCUGAAUAAAAGAUACAUAUAUUUUUUGUUUUUUUUUAUUUUCAAUAUAUUAUCAUUUUAUUAUACAGAAUUAUAUUUCGAUUUAAAAUAUUUUUUUAUUAUGAUUAUUUUUUUAUUUUGUUUGGACUUAUUUUAAUUGUUUAGAUUUUUUUUUUUAGGUUAAAGGCCUACUGAAACCCACUACUAGCGACCACGCAGUCUGAUAGUUUAUAUAUCAAUGAUGAAAUAUUAACAUUGCAACACAUGUCAAUACGGCCGCUUUAGUUUACUAAAUUGCACUUCUAAAUUUUGCACCGAAAUAUCCUGCUGAAACGUCGCGGUAUGAUGUCGCGUGCGUCACGCAUUGUAGAGGACAUUUUGUUCCAGCACCGUUCACAGCUAUAAGUCGUCCGUUUUCAUCACAUAAUUCCACAGUAUUCUGGACAUCUGUGAUGCUGAAUCUUUUGCAAUUUGUUCAAUGAAUAAUGGAGAUGUCAAAGAAGAAAGCUGUAGGUGGGAAGCGGUGUAUUGCGGCCGCCUUUAGCAACACAAACUCAGAUGAUGUUUCAUUGUUUACAUUCCCGAAAGAUGACGGUGAAGCUUUACUAUGGAACAGAGCGGUCAAGCGAACACGGUUGGAUUGGACCACACACACAAAGUACAGUGUAUUAUGCAGCGAUCAUUUCGAAAGAUUGUGUUUCGAAGAGGGUCCCUUGCGAAGGCCAGAGAUGGGCAUCGCCACCACCCGUCGACUGGUGCUGAAGAAAGGUGCGGGGCCGACCUUCAGGUUGUACAGGUACGACCAUAUAAUCUCACUAAAAUACUAGUAACACCAUAAGCAGAUAAGGGAUUUUCCAGAAUUAUCCUUGUAACUUUGUCUAAUAACAUCUGAAUCGCUCUGCUGUCUAGGGUUUUUUUUCUAGUCCCUCACUCUCACUUUCCUCAUCAACGAAUCUUUCAUCCUCCCUCAAUAAAUGGGGAAAUCUUCGCUUUCUCAGUCCGAAUCGCUCUCGCUGCUGGUGGCCAUGAUUGUAAACAAUGUUCUGAUGUGAGGAGCUCCACAACCCGUGACGUCACUAGCACAUAGUCUGCUACUUCUGGUACAGGCAAGGCUUUUUUAUUAGUGACCAAAAGUUGCGAACUUUAUCGUGGAUGUUCUCUACUAAAUCCUUUCAGCAAAAAUAUGGCAAUAUGGCGAAAUGAUCAAGUAUGACACAUAGAAUGGACCUGCUAUCCCUGUUUAAAUAAGAACAUCUCAUUUCAGUAGGCCUUUAAUAGUUGUAUUUUGCGGGGUGUACUUAAUUGUGCUUUAUUUAGAAUAAAAUAGAAUGGAAAAUAAUUGAAUAGGAUGCCUUCUAUUGUCACUAUACAUGUGUACAAUGAGAUCGAAGCAGCUCAUUCUACACCGCAAACAUGCCUAUAGAUUAUUGACAGCUAGAUAAGUAUAGAAAUUUUAAAAAGUACAGCAGUAUAAAGUGUAGUUUAAGAAGAAUAAGUAAAUUAAAAAUUGUGUGUUCCUAAACUAGGUAUCUUGUUUUUUAUUAUAUAGUUUCUUUUGUCAGGUUUUGUUUUGCACUUUUUUUUAAAUGUUUUUUUAUUAUACUUUAUUUUAUUAAAUGUGCUUUUAAUUUUUCAAUUGUAUGUGUGUAGUUUUGUCGUGUUUUUUUUAAAUAAUUGAUUUCUUAAUAUUGUCAAGGUUUUUUUUAUUUCAUAGUUUUAUUUUGUAAUCGUAUUUUUAUUUUGUUUCUUUUUUUAGGGUUUUAUGUCUUCAUUUCACUUUCAUUUCCUUCAUUUAAUGUUUUCCACUUUUUUUCUUAGUAUAUUAUUAUUAGGUUGUUGGUUUUUUUGUCCCCUCCAGCUUGAGUCACUAUAACCUCAGCAAAAUAUAUCUAUUGUGCCAAAAGAGGAAAUGCAAAGUUGUCCAAAUACUUUUGCACAAGGCUGUGUAUUGUGUGACUGGUGUGUGCAAAUAUUCAUGCAAAUGAAGAAAAAAAAAGUUAACUAGCUCUGUUAUAAAUAAUUGUUGUGCAAAAAAAAAAGAAACUUUGUUUAGUUUAAUGACUUUAUGCUGUAUGUAUGAUAUUUAUCUGGUCACAAAAGUAUUUUUUGUAUUCAUCACAAACGAAAUAAAAAACAAAAAAUGUA